AUGUGUACUGCAAACAUCUGGAUUACUUUGGAAGUAAUGGUACUGGAAUUUGCCAAAGUCCCUUUUUUGAGCCUGCUAUCUGAUAUGUCACAUGGUGACGGGGCCCAUCGGAGCCCUACGUUGGUGUCGGAGGAACCGACCUUGUUUGUGAUGAGCCCUUCAAGUUCGACUCCGCGAGCACAAGCCAAUAUUCAAGGAUCAAUGAUGAGACCUGCAUCUUUACCUUGGGGAGCUCACACUGCUCUUAAUUCUCAGCUCACGAUCGCCGGCCGGCCCGUUCGACACUGGCCGCGGGCUACUUCACCAGCAGCCAACUCUUUCCAGAUUUUUCAAAGCUCUAUAUUUAUGUCGAUCCCGAUAGUGAUCAAAAAGAGUAGAGAAAAGGGGAGGAAAUGGAGUAAGGAAUCGCGCGAGAUUGCGGGAUCAUUGAGGGCAUCUGGUUUGUCGAUCGCUUCGUUUGGACCAAAUAAAUACACGGAUGCGAAUCGGAUAAAUGUAAGAUUAAUCAAGCUGACGAUGGACUUUUUUGUUUUGCUUUUUGAGCCGGAUCAGAUAUUUUGCCAGAAGGUUGAUGGUUAUUGCGAACACUCGCAGGGGGCGAUGCAGAGCGUUUUUCCGGAUAUUGGAUCGGGGCUUGGGCUGGGGCCGUUAGAACAAAGACAGGUAACUUUGGGUUCGCAAUGA